CGGCAAAGCAGUUUUGAGUUCAGUGUCAUUUCCGUAUAAAUUGCGUCGAGGUUGAGUCUGCAUUAUUUUUCGUCUGACGUGCGGUGCGUAAAAAACAAGAAAAAUUGUGUUUGAGUCCGGCAAAGGAAAUAUUUACAAUCAAUACUUGUUAGUAAACGCAUAAUCAACAACAAAUAUGGUUGGAUCACGCGUUUAUGUGGGCGGCCUACCGUACGGCGUGCGUGAGCGCGAUUUGGAGCGCUUUUUCAAAGGCUAUGGCCGAACUCGUGACAUACUCAUCAAGAAUGGCUAUGGCUUCGUGGAAUUUGAGGACUAUCGUGACGCAGACGAUGCCGUGUACGAAUUAAACGGGAAGGAGCUACUGGGCGAACGUGUGGUUGUUGAACCAGCCAGAGGCACAGCUCGUGGCAGCAACCGGGAUCGUUACGAUGAUCGCUACGGCGGUCGCCGCGGCGGGGGCGGCAGAUACAAUGAUAAAUCAUCCUCCCGUUAUGGACCGCCAUUGCGCACUGAGUACCGUUUGAUUGUCGAGAAUUUGUCCAGUCGCGUCAGCUGGCAGAAAAAGAGUGUGAUGUGUAUCUGUUACUGAACCGCCCCAGAGCUUAGAAGAGAGUGACAAAAAUACAGGCAGUAUAUGUGUAAUGGCCAGAGAAAAGGUGCCAUAAAGCGAGCUGAAACUAAUAAAACAAUAACGAGCUAUGGCCAAAUACUUCGUCGAUGUACGAUAUAAAGCCUGGCCGGGGGCCUCAACUUGUUACAAAUGUUACAAACGGAAGAGAAAUCCAACAAAAAACGAGAGACAGAAACAAAACACGCACGCAACAUAAAGAGAUUCGACGCCUGACAGUGCAAACCACGUUAUCAUAGUCGGUCGCUUUGUGAAUGAUCUUCGCUUGGGUUAUAUAAAAGCUGUAUUUCCCCUAAAAACCAUCUCCCAAACACGCUUGGUCUUCGCGCUGUCGUCAUCGCCGUCGCCGCUGUCGUCGUCGUUGAUGCCUCGUCGUCAUCCAUGCCAAAAAUUUAAAACAAACAACUGAUGUGAAUUGUGAUGGCAGCUGCCUGAGAUUUGGGCUAACAAAAGGCCAGCCUACGCGCAAUGCCCAAAAUGCCAAGAAUAUGUUAUAGCCGUAUUGCGUAGGCUUGCCUAUUGUACGCUGAGGCUUAGGUAUUUAAAUGUUUAAGCAUUCACAAUUUAAUUACAAAAAUUAUAUAAAGAAUUGUCAAAUUCCUUAUAGCCAAUAUGAGAGUUUUGAGGUCGUGUGAGAGAGAGAGAGAGGGAGAGACGUUAACAAAAAACAAACAGUUAGAUGCUAUGGGAUGAUGAUGAUGACCAUUGAUGACAUGACGAUGAUGAUACUGGCCGACUCUUUAACGCGUUCAUUUCAUCUUCGGUUAGGCAAAGUGCAACCACUGUGCAUCCAAAACUAGCGCCAAUUCUAUGUGUCUGUGUUCCUCCCCUUAACUGGCAUGGUCUGGCCUGGCUCUGACUCUGGCUCUGGCUCUGGCUGACUAUCGACUAGAGACUCAUGGAGCAGCUAACACGCCAUCGUCGCACCGCCGAUAACGUUCCAGCCUCAGAGGCGCUCCCCAAAACGUAUUUCUUAUUUUUACAGUUCGUUUCUGUGAGGCCGUGGGAGAGAUGAGAUGCCGCCGCCUGGUUGACUGCCUGGUUGCGUACUGUUUUGUACUGUGCGUACUGCUGCUCUACACUGCCACUGCUCGCUCUCUCACCCACAAAUCCCGACUGCGGCCCCGGCAGUGGUCCUGGCUCCCGGCAACUGUUUCUGACUGUGCGUUUUUUUGGGUCCCACGAUUAAAAAGUACAUGAACAAAAAAAAAA